GGGCGUGGAAGGGGAGGGGGCUGAUGGAGAAAGAAUGGCGGUGCUUCCGUGCCUGGGGCAGCGCUCCCGUCCCGUCCCGUCCCGUCCCGUCCCACAACGCUGCGGGAAGCGAUGGCAGCAGCUGCAAUAGAGCACGCUUUGCUUACUGCAAACUCCGCGUCUUUACGAUGGGCAGCGGCUUGGCAGGAUGGGCAGAGAAAGAAAUCGAAGGAGUCCCGAAGGCGUGUGACUCCCUGAAGCCUUACCCUGUUGGGAUCCUUCUCCUCUGGUGUGCUGGGGGUUCUGGUGCUGCUUUGUGCUCUGAGGAAUGGUUCAGUCGUUCUCCCUCUGCAGGCGUGGAAACCUUGUGCUUCAGUACAGGGUCGCACUCCCUGCGCUACUUCCUGACCGGGAUGACGGAUCCCGUUCCCGGGAUGCCGCAGUUCGUGAUCGUCGGGUAUGUGGACGGCGACCUGUUUGGUAAGUACGACAGUAAGAGCAGGAGUGCACAGCCCAUCGUGGAGAAGCUGCCGCAGGAGGACCAGGAGCACUGGGACACGGAGACCCAGAAGGCCCGGGACGGCGAGCUGGAUUUCUGCGGGUUCCUGGGCAGGCUGCCGGAACAGUACAACAAAAGUGGAGGGUCUCACACACUGCAGAUGAUGUUUGGCUGUGACAUCCUGGAGGACGGCAGCAUCCGAGGGUAUGAUCAGUAUGCAUUUGAUGGGCGGGACCACAUUGCCUUUGAUAUGGACACGAUGACGUUCACCGCGGCAGACCCGGUGGCAGAAAUCACCAAGAGGAGAUGGGAGGAGGAAGGGACGUAUGCUGAGAGAUGGAAGCAUGAGCUGGGGACUGUCUGUGUUCAGAAAUUGAGGAGAUACCUGGAGCAUGGGAAGGCGGCACUGAAAAGGAGAGUGCAGCCCGAGGUGCGAGUGUGGGGGAAGGAGGCCGACGGGAUCCUGACCUUGUCCUGCCACGCUCACGGCUUCUACCCGUGGCCCAUCAGCAUCAGCUGGAUGAAGGACGGCAUGGUCCGGGACCAGGAGACCCACUGGGGGGGCGUCGUGCCCAACAGCGAUGGCACCUACCACGCCUCGGCUGCCAUUGAUGUGCUGCCGGAGGAUGGGGACAAGUACCGGUGCCGCGUGGAGCACGCCAGCCUGCCCCAGCCUGGCCUCUUCCCAUGGGAGCCGCAGCCCAACCUGAUCCCCAUUGAGGCUUGGCUGGUCGUCCCCUUGGUGGUUCUCUUCGUUGCUUUGAUUGCAUUAUUGGUGUGGAAGUUCCUGUCAGGGUAGGAGAAGAAGGGUUAUGAAGGAGCGCCAGGUGAGUGCCAAGGGCAGCACUUUACCCUGCCAGUGCUUGGGGUCAGGGCACUCUGGGUCCCCUCGUUGCUUUUGGGGUCACAGUGGUGGUGGUGGCAUGAUGCUCCGUGCCCCACAGCAAGCACAGAGCCAGGGCUCACGGCUCACCCUCCCUUGCAGGCCACGAUGGGGUAUCCAGUGGCUCGGCCACAGGUAUAGUGUGGAAUGGGCUCAGGAGGGAUCUCUGUGGUUGGAGUGGUCCCACUUCCCUGUUGGACUCACGUCCGGGACAAUACUGGGUCCAGCACUCCCUGGAGAACCCCCAGGGUGGUGAGUCGGGAUGGGGAUGUGGCCCCACAUGAUACCAUCUCUUCUCACCCACACAGAAAGUGAACUUUCCAUCUGAGUGCUGUGCUGCUUCAGCCAGCCCUGCAUGCAUGUGUUUGGAGUUUGUGGGUGUGUGUAUCUCUGUUUGCUGAACUUCCUGCAUCUCCUCGGGCUGACGCAGUGUGUGCUCCCCUGCUCACACACUGUUUCCAACAGUUAGCACAUGGGUUCUGCCCUGUGCUAGGCGCUCUCCUACCAUGUAGGAUUAUCUUACCUGGUGCCUGUGCCAAUUGUACCCAGGUCAGAACGCCCCAGUCUCAACUUUGUUCAGCUUCUUUCUUUGUGAAAAGCUGCUAUCAGCGCUGUGCUCAUUGCAGUCAGCCAUUAGCUUCAAAACCUUGUUGGGCAGCUCAUGCCUUGGAUGGGUGCUGCUGACCAGGCUUUGAGCCAAGCUGGCAUGGUUUUGUAAUUUUGCCAUUGGUAUUCCACAUCAUAGCAUCAUGGACAGCCCGGGUAAUUACAGGGUUAAUAGUCCAGUUCCGUGGAUUGACAACCUUCCAGAUACCUGCUUCUCGAAAGAGAAGAAGAACUGCGUAUCCCAGAGGACCUCACGGUCAGAGAGGGAAGAUACGGCACUGAAAUCACGGGAUAUGAGUGGCGUGAUCAGGCUCACACUCUCUCUCUGGCAGCCACGCAGAGUGCUGGGUGUGCUUCCGAGCUGUGCACCUUCAUUCAAGCAGACCUUUCGGUUUUGGAAGCUUUCUCUUAUUUUAUCUUAUUUAUUACCCUUACUUUCAAUUUGAUUGUAUUAUAUUGUGUUAUCUUGCAUUCCAAUAUCACGGUUAGUAAAAUAAGUUUUCCACCUUA